UACAUGCAUGUGUGUGUAUUUACCCAAUAAAUAUAAAUGUAAUACACAGUAAAUAUACACACACACACAUAUAUGAUGUAAACAAAACUUUUAUUUUGGAUGCAAUUAAUCAUUUAACAGUUUUUAUUCUAGAAAAUAUUAAGCAAGAAAAUAAUGUUUGCAGUGUAAGUGCGAUCUCUGAGCAGGACCGGACGGUUUGAUGAAGAUCUCAGCGUGUUCCUCCUGUGUUCCUCUGAAUGUUCGAGUGUGAUUGAGUGAAUCGAUCUGUUCCUGAUCUCCAGCGGUGGGCGGCACAGACGAGGAGCGAGAGUCCUCUGUCCUCGCCGCACAUUCACUGCUGUCCUGCAGCUCUGAGCCAUGAGGAGCCUGAUGAUGAUGAUGAUGAUGAUGAUGGAGCAGCUCUGAGCUCCUCGGACAUGGACGCGCUGGAAGGUUCUGGAUCCGGAUGGGAUUGCUGCGGGAACCGAACGGACUGGGAGGGAUGGGAAGACCAGUCGCUCUUCACCUACACCGAGCUGGUGGUGUUAACGACUCUGUGUGUGCCGCUGCUGCUGCUCGGCCUGCUGGGAAACGCCCUGACCAUUCUGGUGGUGUGGCGACGCCCACAAAUGAGAAGCACCACCUACCUGUACCUGAGCAGCAUGGCCGUAUCAGACGUGCUCAUCCUGCUGCUGAUGCCUCUGGAUCUCUAUAAGCUUUGGCGGUUUCGUCCGUGGUUGCUAGGCGACGCCGUGUGCAAGCUGUCGAUGUUCGUGGGCGAAUGCUGCACGUUUUCCUCCAUCCUGCACAUGACGGCGCUGGGGGCGGAGCGAUACCUGGCCGUGUGCUUCCCGCUGCGCGCGCGCUCGCUGGUCACCAGGGGGCGUGUCCGAGCGCUGAUCACGGGGCUGUGGGGCGUGGCCAUGCUCAGUGCGGGGCCCGUGUUUGCUCUGGUGGGCGUGGAGCAGUUUGAGGACGGAGCCAGCGAGUGCCGAUGCACGCAGUUCGCGCAAACCUCCGGGCUUCUGAAAGCCAUGCUGUGGCUCUCCAACCUGUACUUCAUCUGUCCGCUCACCGUCCUGUCGCUUCUGUACGGCCUGAUCGCGCGCCGCCUGCAUCUGCGCGCGCACAUGCACCGAGACAAAACACACCGCCAGACCCUCCGCAUGAUGGUGGUGAUCGUGCUGGUGUUCAUCUUGUGCUGGCUGCCGUUCCACGUGAGCCGGACGCUGUUUUCGGUCUCGGACUCCAGCCCUCAGCUGUAUUACAUCAGUCAGUACUUCAAUCUGGUGUCUCUGGUGCUGUUUUACGUCAGCGCUGCUGUCAAUCCUCUGCUGUAUAACAUCAUGUCCGCUCGCUACCGCGCCAAUGUCCUCGCCAUGCUGCGGCUAACGGUGGGCUCCACGGACGAGCUGCGCCACAGGGCCCGCACCUCCCCGCUCACCGCCUCUCACUCCAGCACACACUUCUGACCGUGUGUGUGUGUGUGUGUGUGUGUGUGAGUGUUUUAGGCUUGAAACAAACUACAGGGCUCUAGAGGAAACGAGAGGUUUGUUAUGGCCAGGAGAGAAUGCACUAUAACUGUGUGACAGUGGGAUCUGGCCAAACAUGUUUUUGUUGACUUUGUGCAUUUGUGUACUUGUGUUGAUUUGUGUAUUUAGGGUGUGCACUGUCCCUCCUGUGCUCUGCAGACGAACAACAACAUAUCUACAAAUGGACAGAGCGUCAUUGAGCCUUUCAGCAACUCUCUCUCUCUAUAUAUAUAUAUAUAUAUAUAUAUAUAUAUAUUUAAUGUGUCUGUAUGUGUGUUUUGAAUUGUAUUUAUUGUGUUGGAUGGGGCUUGUUUGGUGGAUAUUGAAUAAAAGGCUGUCUUUGUGACACUGUGAUGUGUUUUAUGAAAGCAAUAGUGCUGUGAGGGAUGAAGAUGCUGAUUAUUGAUCGUUCACAGCCUUUGCUUUCAUGGAUCCGCACAUACAGGUAAAAGAUUUCUUCUUGAACUAUGAUUUAUGAUUUUAACUGUAGUUUAUGGUUUCUGUAUUUAUUUCUAAGGUAUUUUAAUUAUUCCAGUGUGGCUAUAUCAACAACAUAUUAACAUUAAUAUUCAUUCAAAUAAAUGUUUGUGUUUUGAGAUUUCAUUUCGAAGACCGUAAU